AUGCCAGGAGACCAUGGUCAGGAGACUGUGGGUCGGGAGACCGUGGGCCAGGAGACCAUGGGCCAGGAGAUCGUGGGCCAGGAGACCGUGGGCCGGGAGACUGGGGGUCGGGAGACUGAGGGUUGGAAGGCGGUUGUAGAUACUCCGGGGAUUUUGGACCACCCUUUGGAGGAUCGGAACACCAUUGAGAUGCAGGCCAUCACAGCCCUGGCUCACCUGCGCGCUGCGGUUCUGUACGUGAUGGACCUGUCUGAGCAGUGUGGGCACGGGCUGAAGGAGCAGCUAGAGCUCUUCCAGAACAUCAAACCUCUCUUUAUCAACAAGCCUCUUAUAGUUGUAGCAAACAAAUGCGAUGUGAAGAGGAUAGCUGAACUUUCUGAGGAAGAUCAGAAAAUAUUUGCAGAUUUGCAGGCUGCAGGAUUUCCUGUGGUUGAGACUAGCACCCUGACGGAGGAAGGGGUUAUUCAAGUGAAAACAGAGGCUUGUGACAGGCUUCUGGCUCAUCGAGUUGAAACCAAAAUGAAAGGAAAUAAAGUGAACGAGGUGCUCAACAGGCUGCAUCUGGCCGUGCCGAACAAGAGAGACGACAAGGAGAGGCCCCCUUUCAUCCCCGAGGGAGUGGUGGCACGCAGGAAGAGAAUGGACAUUGGGGAGCCCAGGAGGAAACGGGAACGAGACCUUGAAGUGGAGCUGGGAGACGAUUAUGUUUUGGACCUUCAGAAGUACUGGGAUCUGAUGAACUCCUCUGAGAGAUACGAUAAGAUACCUGAGAUCUGGGAAGGCCAUAACGUAGCUGAUUAUAUUGAUCCCGACAUCCUGCAGAAACUGGAAGAGUUAGAAAAAGAGGAAGAGCUAAGGACAGCAGCAGGGGAGUAUGACAGCGAGUCUGACAGUGAGGACGAAGAGAUGGGGGAGAUCCGCCAGCUGGCGAAGCAAAUUCGGGAAAAAAAGAAACUGAAAAUUCUGCAGUCCAAGGAGAAGAACACACAGGGCCCCAGGAUGCCUCGGACCGCUAAGAAGGUUCAGCGGAAAGUCUUGGAGGAUGAGAUGCGCAGUCUUGGUGUUGACAUGGAUGACAAAAACAACGCCCAUUAUGCAGUCCAGGCCAGAAGGUCCCGGAGCAUUACUAGGAAGAGGAAACGGGAGGACUCUGUCCCACCCACGUCUGUAGCUGGCAGCCGCAGCUGCUCUCGGACUCCGCGGGAUGUCUCUGGCCUUCGGGACGUCAAGAUGGUGAAGAAAGCCAAGACUAUGAUGAAGAACGCUCAGAGGAAGAUGAACCGCCUGGGGAAGAAAGGAGAAGCAGACAGACACGUGUUUGAUAUGAAGCCCAAGCACUUGCUGUCCGGAAAGAGGAAAGCCGGGAAAAAGGACAGGCGGUAGUGGCUGGGCGGGGUGGUGCCUGGCCUCAUCUGGUGGAGGGGGUCCCAGGAUCGGGGCACCGCCUGUAAACCGCAGACAGCGAGGACACCUGAAGCUCUGGCUGCUUGCUCUCGGGCGGGGGGCGCGGGUGCGGGAAGGUGUCAGCGCUGCCCCACGGCACGGGUCUUCCGAGUGGACGGCGGGUUCUGCAUUUAGGGAGUUCUGGUCGCUUCAGAUCUGCAGAACCGGAAAGGUGCACAUCAUGUGUGUUUUGAUGGAGAAAAAUCUUUCCGCAAGAGGGAACUUUGGUUCGUGUGUGUCUGGUCUUUUUUUGCGAAGAAAACCGCUCUGCUGUGGACACGGGCAGAAGGCUGCCAGCCGUGCCUACUGAGAGCCGCGCCAGCUAGUCUUUCUCUACAAUGUGUGUACCCUUGUAGCCUGUCUCCAGCUAGUUCAUCCAGGAUGAACCUCUGAAAGAAAGUGGUUUUGGUUGAUUUAGGGUUUUUUUUUUUUGUUUAGUUACAAAUCACUGUAGUUUGGCCAAAUGAAAAGGGAAAAUAAACUAACUCCUGUUUUGAAAACAAA